AGGUGGGCGGGGACAGGAGUUGGCCCCUCCCCGACGGGGCGGUGAGAGGCGGGGCAGCGCGCGCGCCCCCGCCCGGGUUCCCGCGGCUGCGCCCCGCCCGCCGCUGCCGCCGCCGCCAUGGACAGCGACGAGGAGACGCUGGAGGAGACCGUGGAAGGGCAUCUAGAUGAUGAUGGGUUGCCACAUGGAUUCUGUACAGUCACCUAUUCAUCGACUGACAGAUUUGAGGGAAACUUCGUGCAUGGAGAAAAGAAUGGCCGUGGCAAGUUCUUCUUUUUCGAUGGAAGCACCCUGGAGGGAUACUAUGUUGAUGAUGCUCUGCAAGGCCAGGGAAUCUACACCUACGAGGAUGGAGUGGUCCUUCAUGGCACAUAUGUGGAUGGAGAGCUGAAUGGACCAGCCCAGGAGUAUGACAGUGACGGGCGGCUCAUAUUCAAAGGGCAGUAUAAAGACAACAUUCGACAUGGAGUUUGUUGGAUUUAUUACCCGGAUGGAGGCAGCCUUGUGGGAGAAGUGAAUGAAGAAGGGGAGAUGACUGGAGAGAAAAUAGCCUAUGUGUAUCCUGAUGGAAAGACUGCGUAUUCUGGAAGGUUCAUAGAUGGAGAAAUGAUAGAAGCAAAACUGGCAACUCUGACCUCUGUGGAGGAUGGGAAACCUCAGUUUGAAGUAGUACCAGGCAGCCCAGUAUACAGUUUUGACAAAUCUACUUCAUCCUGCAUUUCUACAAACGCACUUCUUCCUGAUCCUUACGAGUCAGAGAGGGUGUAUGUUGAUGUCUCUCUCAUUUCCAGUGCUGGAGAAGGAUUAUUUUCAAAAAUAGCAGCAGAAGCCAGUACAGUGAUGUCCUUCUACAACGGAGUGCGAAUUACACACCAGGAGGUAGACAGCAGAGACUGGUCCCUCAAUGGAAAUACAAUAUCCCUGGAUGACGAAACAGUCAUAGACGUGCCAGAGCCCUACAACCACGCCGCCAAGUACUGCGCUUCGCUGGGGCACAAGGCCAACCAUUCUUUCACUCCCAACUGCAUCUAUGACCCGUUUGUUCAUCCUCGCUUUGGGCCUAUCAAGUGUAUCCGUACCAUCAGGGCUGUGGAGAAGGAUGAAGAAUUAACGGUGGCUUAUGGAUACGAUCACAACCCCGUUGGGCAAAACGGGCCGGAGGCACCGGAGUGGUACCAGCUGGAACUGAAAGCUUUCCAGGCUGCCCAGCAAAAGUGAAACAGAAGCUGCUUCUCUGUUCAGCAAACUGAAAUAGAAACUUGGAUCUAUGCACUACCUUUAUACUGAAAACUGGACAACCAGGGAUUGUUCAUGCUGUUGCAUCAUAACUUUGCAUUCUGUGUUAAGAGAUAAGUUUCUUGCAUACUAACUAGGUUUGACUGUGUUACUCAUAGCAGAUUUAAAAUUAGCUAGAGUUGCACCAGACUUAUCUGAGAAAUUAUUUAAUAUUCUAUACGAGACGUGAUAUUCUUUGGUAGCUUAUGCUUUUGCACCAUAUGCAAAGAUGCCAAAAGACUAGACAGGAAACUAAAAUGGGUAUAUCGUUCACUUUUAGUCGGCAGACUUAGUGUUGCUCUCUAUCUGCCUAGGCAUUAUUGUGCAACUGCAUUUUGCAUAUAUGCCACUUGUGAUGAUAACAGUAAUAUUUUGAUAUUCUCUAAUAGUAGCAUAAUUUUGCCUUUUUAAACCUUUGAUCUGAAUCUUGCAAUAGAGCAGUUAAUUUAUUAGCAUAUAGGAGGCUGGGUUUUAAUUCCCCUUUCCUCUUGUCUGAACGUUGUUCUUUCUACAAAUCCUCUUUUGCAGGAGAAAAUCCUUUCUAACUAGUGGAAAGGCUUGUAUGUGUAUGUGAGAGUGCUGUGUGUUGGUCUCUGUGGCUCUCUAAAUAGCAUAGCAACAUGUUCAAACCUAAUAUUUAUCUAGCCUUGAUGGCUGGCUUAUUUAAUUUAUAAUUAUGACAUGCAGAUGAUGCUGUUCUUUGCAUGAAGAUUUCCUGGAAGGAGAAACAGAUUCACUUUUUGAAGGGCUUUCAGAAGCGCGUGGUCUGGAAGGCGGGCACGUUACUUGCAUUGGUGUCCGUGAGUUGUUUUGUGUCAAAGCAGCCGGUUCUCGAGGCAAAAAAUCGUAGCAGUGCGAUGCUUGAAUCUCGCAUGAAUUCUCUCUACAGGAGGUGUCUGUAUUUGAGGGCAGGCUGUAGUACUUGGUUGAGGAGAGCUGUAUCUUUUGUAUGUGUUCAGUUGACAAAGAAUAUAGCCUUGUAGCCGUCUUUUAGUAGUACUGGUUUGAGAGACAGUAAAUUAAUAUAGUACGAGGUAUCAAAAUAAGAUUUUAAAAAUAUAUAUGUGAAAAGAUUGUUUUUGAAAGACAAACAAUGAAUGUACAAACAUCACUCACUGCUCAUAUUUAGAAACAGCAGUCAAUCCAUAGCUUUGUUGCAGUCAACAGUGGGAGGCUUGUGAAUAUUCACCUGCAGGACUGUGUUCUGGGGUUUUUUCAGGGGUAGGGGAGUUGUGCAUUUUUUCAGAUACUGUACUGGUCUUGCCUAAUGCUGUAUAAAAAAGAAAUAGCGUAUCAUCUUGGUCUGGAUACUGGAGCCCUUUUGGGACUCCAAUGUUCUCUUUUGGGUUUAGCAGCCUAGGAAAAACUCAGAUGCAUUUGCAACACUUUCUUUAGAUGUUUGUAGUUUUAAAAAGUUUGUAUAUAUGUAACAUAAAUUAUUUGGGAAUCAAACCUACAUUUCUGUGGCAACGCACUUCGGUUGGUUGCUUGAAGGGCCGGAGGUGUCUGGCUGUAUGUGGAGCUGGACACGGAGAGUGUGUUGGGUUGGUACCUACAAACAGAAGGGUGAGGUUGCUGUGGUGGGCAGUCCCAGAAUCCUCGCUUUGCUACCCACACAGGGCUAGAAAUGGUAAAUAAGAACCUCUCUAACCUGGGGCUCUGUUUAGUCCCUUUGGCUGAUCACAAGCUUUUCCCAGCACCUCGCCGUUUAAGCUGGCGCAAAAGCUUCAUGGUUGUGCUGGGGGGCAGUAGGCUCAGGGCUUUUUGACGCCCUUCAGCAGUGAUCUGAACGUGGGCUUUGACGCCACCCAUCUCCUCACGCUCCGCUUCUCGUCCAGGGCAGGUGGCCGGCAGAAGGGACAGCUCAGGGACCCGGCUGGGCCUGCAGAGACACAACUGAGCCUCCUGGGUGAGGGAGGUGUCGAAGGCCAGUUGGCAGCACGGCUUCAGCACAUCGACCUCAAAAAAAAACAUGCGUGUCCUCAUCUUUCCCUGAGAUCAUGGCUGUUUCAGGCCCUCGCAGGAAGACCUGCCUCUCUGGCAGGAGGCUGUUGUGUGCUUCUGGUGGAUUCCUCUGACAGGACCAUGAUGUUUGUGAAGCGGAGGCUUGUGUUUAUGUGCAGGGAAGAGGAGAGGGAAGAUAUGUGGCUGAACCUUGCUGUGAAUGGGUGGUAGCUCCUUCCACAGUCUUUGCACUGCUUGCCUCUUUGUGCCUGCUAGUGAAUUGUGCUUCAAAUGUUCUGAUCUCUAGAGCUCCUUCAGCUUCAUUCCCAAUCAGUCUCCAAUUCCUCUGCUAUCUCCUCCUCAUGUGGAGUUGCUUAUGUGUUAAUAGAAUUGUCAGUGUUCAUAUUUCCUGAUUUUUGAGAUAAAUACAAGAUAGGUGCUCUUUGUGUAUUCAGGUUAGAUGGUUGCAUCCUAACAUCGGGUAAUUCUAGGGAAAAAAAUAAAGGCACUGAGGUAUUCUCUGUGUGUUCUCAAAAGCCAUUAAUUUGGUGGCAGUCAAGCAGAUACUCCUGUGUAUGCUUGUAGCCUGGUAGUACGCCACAGCUGUGGCUAUUGUCCCUGUUAGCUCUGCUGUCCUUUUUCUCUCUGCUCUGUUAAAAUCUAUUGGUCCUCCUACAGAUCCCUUCUUCAGUGACCAACCUUCUAUAGAAGUUGUGAUUAUAAAGCUGCUUUGGCUUGAUUCAGGACCAGGCCUUUUAAUUCUUCUUUGUUUUCUUUGUGGUCUAUUAGAGUGGGGAUGGUUGGGAUGUUUUUUACCAUUGGGUAGUGAAAGGGCUCAGGGCUUUUUGUGUUCUUCAGAGGUUUUUGAGAGGUGUGUGUUGGCAACCACAGGUUCAAACACAGGUUAGUUACAGAACUCCAAAUAAUGCCUUAACUUGGUCAACAUAUUGCAGCUCAGCUUCUGGGGCUCACUAGGUAGCGAGACCAGCUUAGCAAAACUAUUUAUCAAUAGUAACAGGAGACCCACAUCAAAAUAUGGUUUUCAUUUUGGAGCAGGUGAAGUAGUCAUUUUGCAAAGCAAUCCAUUUGAGCUUGUUGAAUGCAGCUGAUUAUUGGUGAAUGUGCAAUAAGUAAAGAAGCUCUGCUUCUUAGAGCCUGGGCAAAGACCUGUCCUGUCGGCACAGAAACUGGAAGAAGAGCUGAUGCCCAUCAGAUGAGCCUGGAGGAGCAGCUGGCUCUCAGAGUGCCUGUUGUGACUAAAGAAUGGUGUAGGAGAAGGUGGAAUUGCUGCUUUUUUCAGGUACAGGUCAGUUCCCAGCAUCUGCCUUUGGUCUACAGUGCUGCAUGAGGCUCCUCUGUGAUGAGAGGCUUGUUACCUGAGCUCUUUUAUGAGACAGAGCCUAUGUCAGCCUGUGUUAGAGGCUGCUGCCUCUUUUUUUUUAAAAAAAAAAAAAAGAUAAAUGGAUCUUCCUGCUACAGCAGCACUGUGUUUUGUCACCAGGAAUACAGAAGCUUAGUUUUCUGGAGAAGUGGUUAAUCUUGGAGACAAGGGAGCAUGAGAAGUUACAGGUGAGAGCUGCCUGCUGCUGUGUCACUCCUCUGGAUAAGAGGGAAAGGGGUUAGGCCUGGGGGCAGUAUCUCAGGUUGAGUCUCGUGCUAUUAUUUGACUCUUUGGGAUCUACCUGAUUUUCCUUUACAAAUCUGGAAAAGAUUUUUUUUUUUUUUUUUAGUAAUUAAAAAAAUUAACCUACAUAAACACAGUUGCAACAGUACCCCCUAGGAUGGCCUGUGCUUUUUCCUCGAUGCAGCUCCUGGGUGACUGGCACAGGUGUCGAGGUGUUUGGGAGGCCUGUUGCUCAGCCUUGCUCAGCUGUGUAUUUCAGGGGUGACGAGGUGGCCUUCUCCUUAAUUCGGCCUUUCCGUGUUGCACACAGUUGGCAGCGGCUGUGGUUUCUUCCCCGGGGCUGUUGUAGCACAUCGCUGGUGUGGAAGCCAGAGCGCUGCCAGGGGUUUCUUGCUCUCUGCCAGGCACUGGAGGAGAAGAGUAGCCAGCAUAUGUCUCCUGGUGGAAGGACCUGAGAGGUGGUGGAAAUGGUCACUUUGCUGUUUCCUUCCCAGUCGGCAGCAAGCCCUGGGGGAGCCCCGGCUGUGGGUGAGCUGUCCCUGUUGCUGUUUGUGGGUGCCCUUGUCCUUCAGUCAAAACCGGUGCUCACCACUUCGGUUGUGCCAGGAACUGUACAGUGUCGCUUCUGUCCCAGAGACCUCUGCGAUUUAUUUUUUUUAAUCCUUUUGCUCGAUUUGACAGUCUUUUGGAAAGCGCUGACAUUGCGGUGAGGUGAGAACUUGUACAGAGCUGGUGACCUGCUGCUUUCUUUUCCUCUGGCACAGCAGAAUCGCUGCAGCUGUGGGUGCCUGAGGAAUUCACCUCCAAGCACUUAAAAAAAACAAAAAAACAAACAAAAAAAACCAGUUGCUUUGAAAAUAAUGUUGCUGAAGUGUCUCCUUAUAUGCUGAGGUGCUGCAUUGGACACCUCUUCCUCACUUACACCCGCUGACAUACACUGAGAGCAUUUGGGCGAGGAACGCAGGCGUGGGAGCAGCUUUACCUAUGGAUGUAAGUGGGCUUCGUGCUCAUCUGCACCCUGGGGAGAACUUCUUCCUUUUGCUUUGUAUACUGGAAACAUGAGAAAUAUAUUUUUUUGGACAAAGCAUUUCUAAGCAGUCUUAUAAGGGAUUUUUUCUUUCUUUUUAAAAGGUGCAAGAUUGAGUGCAUGUUUACUUGCCCCAGAUCAAAGGUUUUGAACACUAGGGUCGCUAUCUGUUGAAUGGACCCUCCUCUUGGCGCUCUUCUGUCUUCAGGCAACUGAAGCUCCUGCCCUAUUUCUCUACCAGUUUGACUGUAACUACUUUUUUUUUCCAGGACAAAUGUAUACACAAAAA